AUGACCCCGCAAAAGACCUCAUCGGCACCGCUUCUCGGCGCCACUCUCGUGUGGCCGACAGCGAAAGAUGUUGUGGACCGCGACAUCAGCAAGAAUCAGCACGAAAAGGUCACCUAUAGCCGCGGCAGCAUUACUGACCCCGAGUUGCUUCGUUCGCUCAUCGCCAAGAUUAAACCCAGUGUCGUUUUCCACAUCGCCUCACCUAUUGCUUCACUUCCCGCCUCGAGGGAGGGCGAAUUCUUCGAGACAAAUGUCAAAGGGACAGAGGUUCUUCUCACUAUCGCCGCUGAGAGUGAAUCGGUUCGGGCAUUUGUCUACACCUCCAGUGUCGAUAUCUACGCCAAUCCACCGUACUUGAAUGUUGUCGAGUCUCACGAGCUGUGGCUAGCUUCUGACAAGUCCAACGAGUACAACCGGACCAAGGCGAUUGCGGAUCGUUUGGUUCGCGAAGCAAAUGGCCCUCAGUUACGUACGGUGACGCUCCGCCUUGGCCAUGCAUACGGCGAGAGGCACAUUCAGGGCAUGGUAGAGGUUCUCGACAUGUGCGAGGGCAGCAAGAAUCUUGUUCAAGUUGGCGCAGGCGAGAAUGUUAUGGAAGUUGUCUCAGCCGACAACUCAAGUAUUGCCCACGUUCUCGCAGCAAAGGCCUUGGUCGACCCGAGUCGUGCAGCAGGCAAAGUAGACGGAGAGGGCUUCAACAUAUCCGAUGGAGUCCCAAAGCCAUUCUGGCAUCACAUCAAGUUGAUCUGGAAGACUGCACUAGGUCAGGACGAGCUGAAGAAUCUUACCAUUCUACCUGCCUGGGUCAUGAUCGUGGCAGUCAAUGUGGUCGAGUGGGUUCUCUGGGUCUUUACGUUCAACAUGGUCAAGCCUCCUGUUGAACUGCGGAGGGUUUCCCUCGAAUAUUGCCUCAAUACGCAUACGUAUAGUAUUGAGAAGGCGAGGGAACGGCUUGGGUUUGAGCCCGUGUCGGAUCACGAUACUGUGCUUGUGAAGUCCGUUAAGUGGAUGCUGCGUUAUCGAGAGACCUUGAAGAAGAGAGAAUGA